UUAAUGAUGGCUGGAUGUUGUAUGUCAGCGGAGGAGAAGGAUAAUCACAGAAUCAAUCAGGAGAUUGACAGGCAGCUGCGACAGGACAAGAAAGACUCGGGCAGUGAACUCAAACUGCUGCUAUUAGGUACUGGAGAGAGUGGGAAGAGCACCUUCAUUAAACAGAUGAGAAUCAUCCAUGGUGCCGGCUACUCAGACGAGGACAAGCGAGGCUUCACCAAGCUGGUGUACCAGAACAUCUUCACUGCCAUGCAGUCCAUGAUCCGCGCCAUGGAGACCCUCAAUAUCCCUUUCUUGGAGGCCCAGAAUAAGGGCUAUGCCAGCAUGUUGAGUGAGGUGGAGGUGGACAUGGUGAAUGAUCUGGAGAGAGGCCAUGUGGACACCAUCAAGAGCCUGUGGAGGGACGGUGGAGUGCAGGAGUGUUAUGCCCGCCGCAGGGAGUACCAGCUAUGUGACGCCACCAAAUAUUAUCUGAGUGACCUGGACCGGAUCGCAAAGGCCUCCUACCUUCCCACUGAGCAGGACAUCCUGAGGGUCCGAGUGCCGACCACGGGAAUCAUCGAGUACCACUUUGACAUGGAAGAAGUAAUCUUCAGGAUGGUGGAUGUGGGGGGUCAGAGGUCAGAGAGGAGGAAGUGGAUCCACUGCUUUGAGAACAUCACGUCCAUCAUCUUUUUGGCCGCGCUCAGCGAAUACGACCAGGUGCUGGGUGAAUGUGACGAGAACUGUAUGGAGGAGAGCAAAGCACUCUUUAAGACCAUCAUCACAUACCCCUGGUUCCAGCAAUGUUCUGUCAUCCUAUUCCUUAACAAGACCGACAUCCUAGAGGAGAAGAUCACGCGCUCCCACCUUGUCAACUACUUCCCAGAAUACACUGGGCCGCAGAAUGAUCCUAAAGCAGCCAGGGAGUUCAUCCUGAAGAUGUACCAGGAGCAGAACCUAGACAGAAAGACUGUUUACUCCCACUUCACCUGUGCCACUGACACAGAGAACAUCCGCUUUGUGUUUGCUGCUAUCAGAGAGACCAUCGUCAAAAAUCACCUCAAGGACUUCGCCAUUAUUUAG